AUGGCUGCGUCCAUGGAUGUAAACCUUCAAAUGGAUCAGUACCAUGCCCAUCACCCUCAUGUCUCUGGUGGUUCACUGUCUUCCCAUCCUAGUUCGGGGCAUCUGCAACACGAGGGUGCUAAUACCCGCCUCCCGAAUCAGUUUGGCAUCCAGUCACAAGGCCAUCAUUUUGGUCAUGUCCAUGACUCGUAUGUCAAUUCGACCCCGUCUGUCCAGCAGAUUUUGAUGCAACAGCAAAUCCAACAUCAGCGGUCAGCUCAUUUCGCUCCUCAAGUAUAUGACAGCAAUGAGCGGUUAACAAAACCACACCCCAAUCACAAUACAAGUCCUCUGAAUCAGGUAAAUCAAAUGCGCAUUCAAAUACCUGCUCACCAACAAAUUCCCCAUCCUUUGCAACCCAAUAAUCCCACUGUCACUUCAAAUCCCCGAUAUUCUCCUAUAGAUCAUCAUGGAUCGCAUCAUUCCCCACCAAUCUCGAAAGAUAAUUACAACACUUCUGCCUAUCAUUUGCAAGACCAGUCACAUGUCCUUACUCAUACAUCUCAUUUACAGCAACCUGUAUAUCCUUAUCAUGGAGAUUCAUCCCAAAUGCAAAAUCCACAGACGACCGCCCACACAACGGAAUUAUCCAAUUCUCAGUAUACGGGACAUCACUUAUCCAUGCAAUUAAAUAACAGUGCUUCCGGAGAUAACGAUAUUCACCAUUCUGGUAACCAACAUCCUCAUGUUUCUGCUGGUUUCCAAGCCCCUCCAGCUCCCUAUGUACCUCCAGCUAAAAAGCGGCGGGGAAGACCCCCAACUCAUCCAACUUUUGAUGUCGGUGCUGGAACCUUACUUGACGAAGACGAGCAUACCCUCUAUGGAGCUAUACGGUCGGGAAGAGUAGCUCCACAAACAGUUGUUGAUGAUUGGAUUGAACAAUAUAAAACAAAUCGUGAACCAGCUAUGUUGGAAUUGAUCCAAUUCUUUAUUUCGUGCAGUGGUUGCAAAGGAAAAGUAACACCGGAAAUGUAUAGCCGUUUGUCACAUGCUGAUAUUAUUCGUCGAAUGACUGAAGAGUUUGAUGAAGACUCGGGUGAAUACCCACUUAUACAAUCAAGCCCAGUUUGGAAACGCUUUCGUUCAAAUUUUGUUGAAUUCAUCCAAGUAUUAAUUCGUCAAUGUCAAUACAGCAUAAUUUACGAUCAAUGCAUGAUUGAUCAAGUGAUCUCUUUAUUGACAGGCCUUACUGACUCACAGGUUCGGGCGUUUAGACAUACCAGUACAUUGGCUGCUAUGAAAAUGAUGACUGCUCUUGUUGAUGUUGCGCUCAAUGUUAGUAUCAAUAGAGAUAACACACAACGUCAGUAUGAAGCUGAAAGAUCAAAAGUUCAGAACCGACGUGCUUCUGACAGACUUGAAGUGCUAAUGCAACGUCGACAGGAAUUAGAAGAGAAUAUGGAGGAAGUCAAAAAUAUGCUUGUAUACAUUUUCAAAGGUGUUUUCGUUCAUCGAUACAGGGAUAGCCAGGCAGAAAUACGAACAAUAUGCAUGCAAGAAAUCGGUGUCUGGAUGCGUCGUUAUCCAGCUAUGUUUUUAGACGACAGUUACUUAAAGUAUGUUGGUUGGACACUUUAUGAUAGAAUUGGAGAUGUUCGUCUUCAGUGUCUUCGUGCUUUACAGCCCUUGUAUGAAGAUCCUGCUCUCAUCAAUAGUCUGGAGCUUUUCACUUCUCGUUUUAAAUCACGUCUUGUGGAUAUGACACUUGAUAAAGAGACUGAAGUGGCAGUUCAAGCUGUAAAACUAGUCUCGUGUAUAUUGAAGCAUAGUGACUCAGUACUUGAAGACAAGGAUUGUGAAAAUAUAUAUGAGUUAGUUUAUUGCACUCACAGGCCUUUGGCACAAGCAGCUGGUGAAUUUUUAACUUUAAAACUUUUUGAAGUUGAUUCCCAUGCUCCUCCCACUAGAACCAGAAAAGGUAAAAAACGUAGUGAAAAUACACCACUCAUUCGUGACCUCGUGCAAUUUUUCAUCGAGAGUGAAUUACAUGAACAUGCUACUUAUUUGGUCGAUAGUUUAUGGGAUUUAUGCCCAAUGCUUCGUGAUUGGGAGGCUAUGUUAGAUUUGCUUCUUGAAGAACCAGGUAGAGGUGAGGAACCUAUGGAUGCAAAUCAAGAAACAAGUUUGAUCGAAAUUAUGGUUUGUUGUGUUCGUCAAGCAGCAACGGGGGAAUCACCAGUAGGACGACAGACUGGCGGCCAUCAUUCACAUUCCAAUACCAACUUAUUGACUGGCAUGAGUUUACUGGAGACUGGUGGACGCGGUCGGGGUGGUGCAACUACCGGUACAGGGAACAGCGCUGCACCCUCUUCACGUGAAGCUCGUGCCCUGGCCGAAGAACGUAGUCGUAUGACAGAAGCAAUGAUAACUGCUAUACCAGCACUCCUUGCUAAGUAUGCUGUUCAGGAUAUUGUAGAACGUCAUACUGAUCCACACACAUUAUUGGCUUGUUCACGCGUUUACGAAUCGUUGUGUAUUGAUGAAUUAAGCAUUUCUGCAAAGUGUCAAACUGUCCGCGGGACGCUGUUGGAUCGUUUGGUGGAUCUUUAUCGGGAUGCAUUCUUAAACUACUUUAACGAUCAGGGAGAGGAACCCGAUCAGGAUGAUGAGUUUCACUUACUAGCUGCAUUGAAACGAAUCUAUGCGUUUUACGCUUGUCACGAUCUUUCUGGAUUGGAUUUAUGGGAUAGUCUUAUCAGGAUCGCACAAUCCGGAAAUGAUGCCAACGGUGAAAUUGUGGCUCAGGCUGUUAGCUGUUGCUCUAAAGCUCUACUGUGGAAUCUUGCUAGAAUAGGAGAGGCUGAUGUCGACAAAACGGAUUUGAACAAACUAAGAAGACAGUUAAAUCUGUAUAUGGACGUAUGUAUUGGCUACCUAGAUCAUUCAUGCAAACGGUUAGCAUCAGAAUCGUUUCUAUCCAUUUGUGAUUUGCUAGUUGUUUUUUCACGUCAUCUUUCCGUUCACUUGCCAAAUCUGAAAUCUAUCAUUUAUACAGCCGACAGGGAUCUAGAACUCAAGUUGACCAAUUUUCUGGAGCAACGCGUUUUCGUUGAUGAUGACGACGAAGAGGAUGAUGAAAAUGUCAAAUUUGAAUCGCUUCACGAAAGGCGUACACAGCUAGCUGCAUUUUUUAAACUAGUAAUAUAUAAUUUGAUUCCUAUACGAGCAGCUGCUCCGAUCUACAAAUAUUAUAUUCGGUCUUUCAAUGAUUUUGGUGAUAUUAUGAAAUCUACACUGGCCAAAGCUCGUGAAAUCAAUCGCGUGCACACCGCUCGUAUGAUUGCGCAUUGUUUAGAAUUAUGUUAUCUACAAGUAGAAUCAGCUUCUAAUAAUUGUGUUGAACGUGGUUCUGAAGGUCUUCAAGCUGUAAAGGAACUUGCUAGGCGUCUGAAUCUCAGUUUCGGUCUCGAUCUAAUUAAAAUACGAGAAUCUAUGGUUGCCUUUCACUCCGAAGGGAUACAGUUUUGUGUUUCUCGAGCUGCUUCCACAGCUGCUGCAACAGGUCAAACCCCUGGUGUCCCAAGCAAUUUACUUUUCCUUGAAGUUGUCGCUGAAUUCUCAAACAAGCUUCUCAGACAAGAUAAGAAAACCAUAUAUGAAUAUCUCCGUCGAAUUUUCCCAAAUCCUGUUGGCAGUGAAUGGGCUAGUCUGCAUGCCUAUCGAUCAAGUCUGGAUCCUGACAACACUGAUAAUGCUCCAGGACAUGAUGGAGUUAGUCAUGCUACAAAUCCUCAAGCUGUCAGCAGUUCCAAUCCUGCUCCAGUACAAGGUAACACGGUGGUACCAACAAGUGGACGUGUAGGAUAUGGGGGUAGGGGGCGCGGCAAACGACUCCGAGAUUCUGACUCCUCUCUUCCCGACGCAAAUUUAAAUCCACAGUCCACAAGUACAGCUAUCAAAAAAAAGCGCACCAAUAUCGCGAGUAGUAGCAAAAAUGCAUCUGGAAAUGUUUCUAGUAUGACUGCAGCUGACCCUUCCCGACCUACAUCACCUUCAGAAAUACCCCCCAACAGUGCAGGAUGUGCACCCCACCAUAAUCCUUCGACAUCGAUGACAACUUUAGCUACUCCCGUUCAUCCGUCUAACCAAUAA